AUGAGCGUGCGGAUAUCAAUCGGAGGCGAGACGCCGUUUUUCGAUCUCACUCGCUACAAUGAUUUCCCACAAUUCGAAGAAUAUGUUCGAGGAGUGGCCGAAAUGAAUCCGGAUUUCGUCUCACUACGGCUCAUUGGCCACAGUCGCGAAGGUCGUCCUUUGCUUGGACUAAAGGUGAAUUCGCUGAAUCCAUACAAUCUCGACCCAUGA